CGGCUCGCAGUGGUACCGCGUGUUUUAAAGGGUUAAUAUCCAUUGUAGUCGUCGGCGAUAUAAACGAUCACCGACAAUAAUUGUCAGAACGCGAGACGAUUCGCAUAGGUACUCGCAGUAUUGCUGUGAAAUAAGAGAAACAUAAUCACCGCACCUUAAAACUGUGAAGCAUCCCCUAUAAACGUCAUCCAAUAUAUGUCACGGCUCUAGGUCGUUAAAAAUAAUGAAGCUUCGGCAUUGGAAUUCUUUAAUUUUGGAAGUUUUAAUAUGCUGGUCGUUAGUUCGAACACUGCGAUCAAAUAAAAUAAAAAUAGGAGCAUUGUUUACACAUGACCAAAUUAAUAGCAGCCUUGAAAUUGCAUUCAAAUUUGCAGUUGAUCAAAUAAACCGUGAUGCUCAUCUUUUACCACACACCCAAGUGUCUUAUGAUAUCCAGUACGUACCAUAUGACGACAGUUUUUAUACUAUUAAAACAGCAUGUAAGCAACUCGAUCUUGGUAUUGCGGCUUUAUUCGGCCCGAGUAAUAGUUACUUGGCAUCUCAUCUACAAUCUAUGUGUGAUACUCUGGAUUUACCUCAUAUAGAAGCUAGACUAGAUUUGGAAAUGGAUCCCAAAAGAUUAUCGAUCAAUUUGUAUCCAAAGCAGAGUCUCUUAAACCAAGCUUAUAAUGACGUUAUAUCAUUUUUAAAUUGGACGAAAAUGGCUAUUAUAUAUGAACACGAUUACGAUUUAUUCAGAAUGAAAGAUUUCAUGAAAACCGUACCGAAUAGAAAAGCAGUAGAAGUAUACUUGCGACAUGCCACUCCAGAAACAUACAGAUCAGUACUAAACGAAAUUAAAAAUAUGGAAAUUUAUAACAUGUUGGUCGAUACGAAAUCAGAACAUGUAGAUCAUUUUCUUAGAGGUAUACUACAACUCCAAAUGAAUGAUUACAAGUUUCAUUAUCUUUUUACAUCAUUUGACAUGGAAAUGUUCGAUUUAGAAGAUUUCAAAUACAAUUUCGUGAAUUUAACUACGUUUAGAAUGGUAAACAUUGAAGAUGUCGGUGUUCGAGAAGUACUCAAACACAUGGAACAAUAUUCCACUGAAAAGAAUCAGUCAAUUAACAAAUUUAUGUUGACACAGUGUGAACCAGCUCUUAUGUAUGAUUCUGUACAAGUAUUAGCAGUUGGCUUGGGCGCUCUUCAACAAAACAAUGUAUUCGAUUAUCCGAAUAUUUCCUGUAAAGAUGAAAUUCCGUGGAGUAACGGCUCCAGUUUGAUAAACUACAUUAAUUCGGUAGAGAUAAAAGGGUUGACCGGCCCGAUACAGUUCAAAAAUGGCCAAAGAACUGACUUUAAAUUGGACUUGAUGAAACUUAAACAACAUGCGUUAGCAAAAGUCGGUGAAUGGACACCUGGACUUGGUGUAAAUAUCACAGAUAUGUCUGCUUUUCACGAUACUGCUCCUUACAACAUUACACUUGUUGUUGUGACAAUUGUGGAAUUUCCUUACGUCAUGAUGCAUCUUGAAAAAAAUUAUACGGGAAAUGCAAGAUUUUAUGGUUUUUGUGUUGAUUUGUUAGAAAUUAUUGCUAAGCAAGUUGGAUUUGAUUACAUCUUGGAUUUAGUACCGGACAAUAAAUACGGUGCUCAGGAUCCAGUAACAUUAGAAUGGAAUGGUAUAGUGGAACAACUCAUAAAGCAUAAAGCAGAUUUAGCAGUUGGAUCAAUGACCAUUAACUACGUCAGAGAAAGCGUUAUUGACUUCACUAAGCCGUUUAUGAACUUGGGGAUCAGCAUAUUAUAUAAGGUUCCCAGCAAUCAACCAGCUCAAUUUUUCUCAUUCAUGAACCCUCUAGCACUAGAGGUAUGGAUUUACUGGCUAGUAGCAUACAUAGUUGUAUCCGUUACACUGUACGUUGUAGCCAAGUUUUCACCGUACGAAUGGGAGGAUCAAAAUUCUGGAAAAUUAUUUAGCAGUCCUAUUCUAGAAACCAAUAUGCCACAACUCAACAGGUUCACUUUAUCUAAUAGUUUUUGGUUCACCAUUGGAUCACUCAUGCAACAAGGUUCAGACAUAAGUCCUAAGGCGAUUUCUACAAAAAUAAUUGGAUGUGUUUGGUGGUCUUUCACAUUGAUUAUUAUAUCUUCAUACACUGCAAAUUUAGCAGCUUUUUUGACAGUGGACAGAAUGGUUAGUCCGAUUGAAAGUGCCGAAGAUCUUGCUGCACAAACAAAUAUUGCGUAUGGCACACUAGACAGUGGCACUACAAUGACAUUUUUUAGGGAUUCCAUGAUCGAAACAUACAAGAAAAUGUGGGCUUACAUGCAGAAGAAAAAACCGUCAGUAUUCGUGACGUCGUACGACGAAGGUAUUGAAAGGGUUCUGCAAGGUAACUUUGCAUUUUUAAUGGAAUCAACGAUGCUCGAUUACGUAGUGCAGAGAAACUGUAAUCUGACCCAAAUAAAUGGUCUAUUAGACUCCAAAGGAUAUGGAAUAGCUACGCCCAUGGGUUCACCGUGGAAAGACCAGAUAUCGUUGUCAAUUCUCGAUUUGCAAGAAAAGGGCGAAAUACAAAUGCUGUACAACAAAUGGUGGAAGCCACCCAAUGACAUGUGUGUACCAGAGAAGUCUGGAGCCGGAGCUAAAACAAACACUCUAGACUUCAAAAACAUAUGUGGAGUAUUCGCCGUACUUCUAGUGGGACUUAUUAUAUCGAUUAUGGUAUCUAUGUUUGAGUUUUAUCACUACAGGAAGAAAAUAAAACAAAUCGAACAGAAACAGCGAAUAGGACCACAGAGAUCUAUAUGGAGGGACUUGGUUGACGAAUUGUGGUUUGUUUUGAAAUGUCAGGGCUCCAGACAGCGAACAGUGUUGACACACAGAUGCGAGCAGUGCCAUCCAAAAGUAACAACGACAGAACGACGUUCUAGACGAGAUUUUAUGGAAGCCAACAGAUUGUAAGACUACGUUAGUCGCAUUAAUAACGUCAGUUAUAAUGCGUUUAUUGUAGACGAUAUUAUUGUCACGUAAAUAUUGUAGUGUAAGCAUAAAAAUAAAUAUUUAAUUUUUUCAUUUAUUUUCAAUAACAUUUAUUCACAUUUAGUUA